UUGUUUGCAUUUUAUUUAUUUAUUGUCAUUUUGCUGUGAUAUUACUUUUUUAAUUGAAUAUGUGCCAAUACAAUCUUUUAUGAAGUAUUAUUAUACUUCAUAACGUUUAUUUAUCAACUUCUACAAUCUGUCAAUCUAACAAUCUCAAAUGGCCAUUCAACUCACAAAUACUAUAUUUGACGAUAACAAAAAUGAACGAGAUUUUUCGAGUUCAAACUCAUUGAUUAUUUCGGAACGCCAUGCAGCUUCAAUAUUUGAAGUAGUUUGUAUGUGAUACUCUAUUCGUUACAUACUUUCUGGUCAUUAUGGAUUUACAACUGUAAUAAAUCAUUUUUAAAGUUACUUGUCUCGAUACAAAAAAUCAUGUUUUAUGUAUCUUGGAAAAAGUUGACUUUUCUGUUCUUUCUUGCUAAUUUGGUUCUGAUUUUUCAGAUGUACCUUUUCAUUAGCAAUGAAUGUGAACCAGCAUUUCCAAUCCAUAUAACAUCCGCCAAUCGUAAAAGCUUAACGCCAUCAACUCUUCACUAUCAUCUUACUAUAGUCAUUUUCGAGUUUGAAACAUUUUCUCAUGAUCUCAAUUCAACUUUAACAACCUUUUGCGCUCUUCAUUCCAUGAUUAAAGUACUCAUUAUUAGCAAUGAACUACCUUAUCCUCCAUUGCAACUUCCAUCCAUUUCAACUUGUAAUAUUCAUCUAGUUGUAACUCGACCUGAUGUAACUAAGAAAUGGCAAGACACUGAUCCAUUGGCUCACAUAAAAACCGACUAUGUUCUAAUAAUUCCACAGUCUAUCAUUUUUCAUAAAGAAACACCUCUUGAUCAUCUUAAAUUCAACUCACUCAGUGAUAAAAAUUUCAUAGUCAUUCCUGUAAUUGGAGAGGAUUCUUAUUAUGCAUACACUUGCCUUGGAUUAGACGUUGAUCUGAAAAGAUGGAGCCUUGUUUACCGCCACCUCGACGAAAAUACAUUUAAAUGUCAUCUUUAUCAAGGUGAAUUUGCUUAUUUCAUGAAGCGUGAUGUUUUAACUAGUCUCAAUUUACCAUUUGAAAAACCAUUCCAGGAGUCUCUUUCAAUACAAGCUAGAAUUCGGGGUUUAAGGAUAAAAUUUGAAGAUGAUCUCAAAUUAUGGAAGAACAGUGGAUGGCAACCGAGUGAAAGAGAUGAAAUGAAAAUGGAAUCACUUCGUAAAUCUCGUUUAGCUUCUCUUUACUGGAAAUUACAAAUCAAAAAGGUUACAACCACCAACGAUGAAGUUGAAUGGUAUGGAUGUAAAAAAACGUCUUCUCGGUGCUUCCCGACAAUUUUUAACAAUACUCCAAGCUAUUUAUUUGAAAACAAAUGGACACCCCCAUGCUGCUUAGAAAAUUUAAGAAAAACUGCUCGCCAUGUCUUCUCUGUCUUGGAAAAAUGUGGAACUCGAUAUUGGUUGGAAGGUGGAUCGUUACUUGGUGCCGUCAGAAAUUCUGAUAUCAUUCCGUGGGACUUUGAUGUAGAUCUAGGAAUCUAUCAAGAAGAUAUAAACAAAUGUCCGCUCCUGUCUUAUGCUACUAAGCAAGCUGUAAAGGACGAAGAAGGAUAUGUCUGGGAAAAAGCAAUCGAAGGAGAAUUCUUGAGAGUCCAAUACAGUGAAACUAAUAGAGUUCAUGUUGAUUUGUUUCCAUUUUAUCCUAAAAAUGGAAUUAUGACCAAACAAACAUGGUUCCAUGACCAUCCUCAGGAUAAAGAGUUCCCUGAAGCUUUUUUAAAACCAUUGAUUAAAAUACCUUUUGUUGGAUGGCAAGCCUAUGCUCCAGCUAAUAUUACUCAAUUUUUGGAAUAUAAAUUUGGUAAAGGUGUAAUCGAUAAUCCACAAUACCCGAAUCCAAAUUUACUAUCUUAUCCAAGCUCCAAAGAAUCUGAGUGAAAUACAAAUCUGCUCAAAUUUGAUUAAUAUCUUAUAUCAAAUAAUGAGAUUUAUCUUGUUCAACUUCCUUCUAAUCCACCGAAAAAUUAGUCAAAUUUUCAUAAUCAAUGUAUCAAAUUCACUUUUAUACUUUUCUUCAACAUAUUCUUCGAUCUAAAGCAUACAAGGUGGAUGUAAAAUAUUCAUCCUAUAUAAAACUAGCAUAGCAUUAAUUUAAUCAAAUAAAAUUUGAAUCAUCAAAACUUUACUCAAAUAA